UCCAAGCUGAAGCUUACAACCUCUACAAUAGAGGUCUGAAAUUUAUAUUUGCUGUGACGCAAGAGCCCCCAUUCUGGGGUCCUCUGCUCGUGCUCUUUUUUGGAAUUGUUCAGAUUGUUGCUGGAGUAUUUCUCACAGUGGUUACAGCUGGUACUCUGGCUCCGGUUGGCAUAGGACUCGCCUUUGAAGGCAUAUCAGACUGCAUCUAUGGUAUAGUGGGCCUUGUGACAGGAGAGUUCAGCUGGACGUCAUGGGCUAUAGAGAAAGCCAUUUCAAUUGCUGUAUCACUUAUUUCCUUUGGAGUUGGACAGUUGUUAACAAAGGGCUUCAAAGUUUGCAAAAUGUUAAUAGAAGGUUUUGGUAAAAAGUUGAAGGCUUUGCCAAACUUUUCCUCCAAAGAGGUUAAAGCAAGCUUACGUAAGGUCGCAAAAACAAGCAUGAAGAAUGAAAUAAAAAGCAGUUCGAAAAAAAUUGUAGAGGAAGCCAUUUUUCAAGGACUUGGGAAGGCAGAAGAAGCUCUACUGAAGGAAAUACUUGAAUUAAUCAAAACAGAUUUGUCAAAGAGAAUUGCUGAAGAUGUGCAAAUCAACAUAGACAACAAACCCUUGAGCACAUUGGUAGACUCUAUUAUCCUCUCACACCUCGAAGAUAAGGAACAACUCAACGAUCUAUUGAAGGACAAAAACGGGAAUGACCUGUUGUUUAUUUUCAAAAAGUGCAGCGAAACUGCACUACAACCAUUUAAGGCUGACCUGGACUGGCAGAACAAGCUCAACUCAUCCAUAAUCACAGUGAUGGACUCAGCUAGAGCUCAAACUAAUGGAAAAGUACAUACAAUUCUAACCAUCAUCAAAACUGUCCACUACACGACGCUGGCAAAAGAUGCCAUUGUUGCAGUACUCACUCUGUCCAACAUGUUUUACUUAAAACUUGAGGAGGAGCUGAAUUCUUUUGAGAAGAAAAGAAAAGAAAACACUAUGACAAAGAAGGUUGAGAUAAAUGACCUGUCAUCUUCAGAACUUGAGAUUCUGAAAGAAUUCAAGCAGGAGUUGGCCAGCACCAUCAGUGCAUUACUGGCUGAUGCUUUAGUGGAAGUGUUCCACCAGAAGUUCUCCAGUCACAUUGUUUCUUAUGUUCAAGGUAUAGUGAAUAACUACUUAGUAGAAAAAACAAAAAAUCGCUUUAAGAUGGUAAAGGAUAAACUCAGAGAUCGCCAGAACAACAGGGACACUGCAAACAUGCUGGAAAAUCCAACUUCUAAACUUGCAGCAAAUGUGAGUAAACUCUCAAGAUCACAUGCAGAGAAAGUCAAAAAUCCUAAGACAAGGGGGACCAUUUUUGAUGUCCGAGUCCUGUCAGAGGUCACUGGAACUAAAGCUGUCAUACUAACACAGGACAGACGUGGCAAACUUACUAAAAUGCAAGUGGUGAACCCAACCAAUAAACCUGCCAGUCAAACUGUUACACUGAUCUACACACCAAAGAGUGCCCGAUAUCCUGAUGGCCAUUAUGUGUUAAUCAAUAACACGGUCAUAUACAUAGAUGGCAGAAGCUCACUCUUCCAUACUUUGGCACGAGGCAUUAAACCAAAUGCUGGUGAACAUGAGGUUGCAUUCGAAGCAAACCGGCUCAGAUCCAUCGAGGCUGAUGCUCUCCUCAGACACCCAGACCAAUGGGAGUUUUUAAUCAAGCGCACAGAGUGGACUCAAAGAUUCAGAGGUGGAAACUGGUACAUGGCAGAGGGAGCUGAACCUAAAAGGAUCAUCAAAGAAAGUAAAACAGUAAUCAUAACAGGGGUUUGGAAAGUGAAACAAUACAAGGAAUGGCAAAAACAUGCAACUCAAAAUCCAGAAAUGGGAAAAGUCAUUAAUACGGACAAUCAGCCACCAGUUCGUAGUAUACUGGAAGCUAAAAACAUGAACCUGAGUGGCAAACUAGCACCAGCUAUGCUUAAAGAGAGAGCAAAGUCUUCUCCUCUGGAUCCCAAUCUGAUAACCGAUGUGCAGAAAUAUCGUGGCCAUGAAUUUCCAGCUGUUUAUGGGCCUAAAAAGGCACACAGUCAGUUUCCAGAUUCAAAAUAUGAAGACUUUAGAUCAAACUUGGCUAUCACCAUAAGUAAAGAUGAUGUUGAGGGGACCUUCAAACUGACAAUCCUUGGUGCAAUGAUGAGAUGCCAGCUGGACAGUGGCACCAGCUUCAAGACCUUGCAGAUGAAGCGGAAGAAUACAACCAGGCUUGCCAUGUUUGAUAACAGUUUUCAGGAACACAGUUUGAAGUUGGUGGACGGAUGGUUUAGCCGGCUUCAGGGCACGGGUGUCAUGGCGGUUGACCAUCACAUCACCAUUAGGACCUGGAUCAAAAGAAAGGGCUACAGGGACCAAAAUGACCCACACACGGCCCAAGUCACCAACUUCCUGCAGUGAAAAGUUGUGACCAUGUGAGGAGAAACAACAGAGAGUGUCACGGCUCAGACAGGACAGAGAACCCAAAUGCACAACACCAGGCAGGAUCAGAGUCCAAGAGGCUUGAAUCUUUGUCAAAAGGCAGGCAGGGGUCAAACCGGGUAGUCAGGCAGAUCAGGCAAACAAAACCAAAAACGGACAGGCAAAAAUCCAUACCCCAAGAAUCAGGCAGGCUCAAAGACAGGCAGGCAGGCAGAAACAAAACAGGAUAUGCAGGCUGGAAAGCGAGGCAAAAACACACGACAAUCUGGCAAACUAGAAGGUGGAAAUGGGCCGGUAUAUGAGGGGAACUGCUGAUGAGGGAAACCAGGUGUGGAGCUGGGUGGGGAAGCACAGGUGAAGGGAAUGAGUGGAUUUCUGGUUGAUUAGGGUGGCAGGAUCUGGAAAAACAGGGGAGUGAGUUAAACAGUAAAAAAAAACCUAUCCUACACUGUGAAACUGUGACAGAACCCCCCCCUCAAGGGACAGAUUCCAGAUGGCCCAAAACCCCCCACCCCGGGCAGGAGGAGGGGUCCCGGAGGAGGGCCCCGGCCAACACAUGGCCAAAGCUCCGGGGGCCGUCCUCGGUGCCGGGCAGACCGACGAGGCAGUUCGGGGGGUCGCCCUUGGGGCGUAACA